GGCAGCAGCAGCGGGAGGGGUGGGAGGGAGGGGGUGCGGGGAGCAGACAGGGGGCCCUGCAGCAGCAGCAGCAGCAGCAGCAGCACAGCAGCAGCAGCAGCAGCAGCAGCAGCAGCACAGCAGCAGCAGCAGCAGCAGCAGCACAGCAGCAGCAGCAGCAGCAGCAGCAGCAGCAGCAGCAGCUCGUCGUCGUCGUCGUCGUCGUCGUGUCCUCGUCGUCGUCGUCUUCUCCCCUCCUCCUCCUCGUCCACUCCCCUCCCUUCCGCCCGAAAGUGGGGGGGAAAGCAGUUCCAAAGCGGUAUGCGGAUUAG